AUGCAUAUCACUGCGAGAUUCUACGUCGUGCCCGGCCUGGCCAGACGCGUCCAUCUCACUAGAUCCGAAUAUCGUCGGGACAUUUUCGUUCCUCAGGCCGACUUUGCCCAGAGCGAGGCGUUUGUUUCGUCCGACCCCAACAUGUGUUCCAACCCUGGACCGGAGCUCGUGAAGCUUAUCCGGGCCGACUUUGCGACUUGCUCUCUACCGGAUGAUGCGCUGGCUCCUUCCCGCUGCAUCCAAGGUAUCACAAACGAACCGAAUAACUGUGGUUUCGCCGACAGCACAAUCGGUCUCUGUGCUUAUUGCGCAACCACCGGACUUAAUGCUACUGACGGCUGCUGUUUCGCGUCAAAUGUUGAGGAGCGAUGCGCGGGUGUCGAGCUACCUUCAAUUCUGCCAACCAUGACCUUCACCGUUCCCUCUGCCAGUGCGACUCCCGGCACCGAUGACGACGAUGACGGUGGUCUCUCUGGUGGUGCCAUUGCCGGUAUUGUAAUCGGCGCUAUUGUGGGAGCCGUCCUCCUUGCGGGUCUUGUUUGGCUGUGCAUCGUGCUUGCCCGCAGGCGCAGGGGUUACGGUAGCCAGAGUGGUGGAAGCAUCUUCAAUCAGCCCUCUCCUGCUCGAUCAGGACCUCCCAUGUCCGAAACCAAGGUCCAAAGUGCUGCAGCGCCUCAAGGAUACGAGAUGCUUCCAGGGGGCCGCAUUGCUCGGAUGUCGGCUCUCGAGGGUCAUUCCGCGGACUCUCCAUCUCACACUCGCCUGUCAAGUGGCGCUGGUGCCGCUGCCGUUGGGGGCAUUUCUGGGCGUAUGUCAUCGCAGAGAAGGGGCGACAACCACUCCUCUUCGGAUGAUUAUGGAGAUACCCCCGAUAUCGAGGCCGGGGCCGGCGUUCUCCGACCACCUCCCGCAGCUAUUAGGAGGAAUGGCUCACUAUCGAGCAAUUCGGUUCUUGAUGAGGCACAAUCACCAACUAGCGCAGGGGGCAUGUCGUCGCCGCAAGGUCUUGCUAGUCAACAAUCUGAGCAGCUGCCGUUCUUCAAAGACUACUACUCGCAGGAUGAUAUCCAUCCCGGUGACCGGGUGGCUGUCCUCUGGGCUUACCAACCCCGCGCGGCUGACGAGUUUGCGCUAGAGCGGGGUGAUAUGCUGAAGGUGGUGGGUAUUUGGGAUGAUGGUUGGGCGACGGGCAUUAUGCUCGACGAUCGUGCCGAUGAGUGGGAGGCGAGGAGGCAGGCUCAGAGGGACAGCGGCGUCUCUAACACAUCUGGCCGCCGCGACACCUCACCGCCCGUGAGCGGCGAGAUCAAGGCGUUCCCUCUGGUGUGUGUGUGCUUGCCAGAGCACUGGAGGAAGACAAUCGAGGGAGAGGGCUCCACAGAAACCGGAUCAAGCAGCCAUCAACGGACGAUAUCAGCCAUCUCGUGA